AUGGACGCCCUCAUGGCUGAGAUCGCGCUCAAACGCAAGGCGCUCGACGUCCCCGCUCCCGAUGGCGCACGGCCGACUAAGUAUAUGCGACGCGGAGAGAUCGAGCGGCUGAAGGAGGAACAGGAAAGGCGGGAGAAGGAGCAGAAGGAGGAGCAGCGAAGACUAGAACGCGAGCGAGAGGAACCACAGGCCAGCAGCUCUCGUACAUCGACGAAGUCGCCGCACCCUGAAGGGGGUUCGUCUAACGGCUCACCUGCUCCCGACUCCGUUCAGUCUUUCAACAUGUCAAAUGAGGAGACAAUCCGUCGUUUGCGCGCCAAAGGCCAGCCAAUUCGACUGUUCGGCGAAACGGACAAGGAACGUCGACUCCGUUUGCGGGCUUUGGAGCUGAUUGAGGAGAAGGAUCACGAGCGUCAAGGCGGCCAGAACGAUUUCAAGAAGGCCCUGGAGGAUGUCGAAAACAUCGAAAGGCAGAUGAAGGACCGACACGAGUCUGACCGGGACAGGAGCAAGAAGAAGGAUGGGGAGGCAUCAUUGGGCAGUGAAAUCCUCGACCUCAACCUCGUUAAGACGGAUCCGGAUAAGCUGUAUCCGAUUAUCUAUUACGCUCUGAAGAGAGCGCUGAAGGAGUGGGAGCAGUGGAUGGACGAACGUCCAGAGCAUGUGAAGCAUACAACACAAGGCAAGAAUGCUGCCGCCACUCAACGGCAGUCUGCCGACAAUCUUAAACCUCUAUUCAAGCUCUUGCGGGCGAGGGCAAGUAACCUUCCAGCGGACAUGCUCGCGCGGAUUGCCGAGAUAGUUCACUAUAUGCAAAGGCGACAAUACCAGCGAGCCAAUGAUUCAUACCUACGCUUGUCUAUCGGCAAUGCGCCGUGGCCUAUUGGUGUAACAAUGGUUGGUAUUCAUGAGCGUUCAGCUCGGGAGAAGAUUUCUGCGGAUCAAGUCGCGCACGUCUUGAAUGAUGAAGUCAGCCGCAAGUAUAUUCAGAGUCUAAAAAGGAUUUUGACAUUUGCUCAAACCAAAUACCCCCCAGAAGAUGCAACCCAACUGAUGGGAUGA